AUGACCUCAUCAACAACAAACCCAUAUCUUGAUAAUUUGAUGCUCUGUUCAGAGUACCGAAAGAGAAAAGUGUUUUGGGACAGAGUGAUUAAGAUGCACGACGAGUACUGUAAGCAGAGACAGGAUCAGUGGGAUAGGCUUUCCAAACUUCGUCAAACAUUGAACAUCUGUAUCCCUAAUUCACCAAGCAGUUUUGUCAAAGUAUAUUGGAAGAGCGUUUUCGACCGUCUCUUCUUUCUCCUUAACGUCAAAGCAGAAAACUUUGGGACUCUGGGGAGUCUUUGCCGGUGGAUUUUGUACCCAUUCUUACACAAAGUACCGAAAGAGAACAGAGUGGAUAGGAUGCACAAGGAGUACCAUACUCGGAGACAGGAACUCAGGGAAAGGGUUUCCGAAGGAGACCAAGACUAG